GAGCAAAAGACACACACACACACACUCCGCUCUCUGGUGCUGAUGACACGCACAGCAGCGACUAUACACACGGGCCCUCCGGCUCCUUCACGUCGUCUCUUCUCGUCUUUAAAACGCAAGCAGCUCGUCUGGACUCCGAUCAGAUUCUUUUUUGUUUGUUUGGUUAUUUUGGAGAGAAGCGCCGAUCGAAGCUGAAGCUGGAUGGAGACACCGUGUCCGGUUUGACUCUGAGAGCGCAGCCGCUCCUCUCAGGUAUCCACCCCUGAGGAGAAACAAGAAGACCGGGUUAUUAAAGGAUUUUAUUUCUUCAGUAAAUAAACACAGCCGAGACCCCCACAGCUCGGGAACUAUAUUGUCAGGAGGAUCUAACUUCCAUUUUGGAGGCAAGAGUGUGUAGAGUAGCCCGGCGCACAGACAGACGCGUUCAGAGGAGAAGGAGACGACCAGCUCAGCCAUGGAGGUCGCAGCGGCCGAUCAGUCUCGGUGGAUGGCGCACCAUCACGCUGUGCUGAAUAGCCAGCACCCGGACUCUCACCACCACAGCCUGAGCCACAACUACAUGGAGCCCAUGGCGCCUUUGCUGCCCCAGGACGAGGUGGACAUGUUUCUGAACCACUUGGACUCUCAGGGGAACCCUUACUACACCAACUCCCGAGCAAGGGUCACCUACAGCCAAGCGCACGCUCGUCUCGCUGGGAACCAGGUUUGCCGACCACACCUCAUUCACAGUCCCGGGAUUCCCUGGCUGGACCCCGGCAAAGCUGCCCUGUCCGCUGCGCACCACCACAACGCAUGGGCGGUCAGUCACUUCAGCAAACCCGGCCUUCACCCCACCGGCUCCGGCUACCCCUGCAGCAGCAACACCGGCACGGCUCCCGUGUCGUCGCUAACUCCGGCGUCCCACUCUAGCCCGCACCUCUACAGUUUCCCCCCGACCCCUCCGAAAGACGUGUCGCCGGACCCCGGCCCCACCUCCCCGACCUCAACUUCGACCAGGAUGGACGAGAAGGAGUCGAUCAAGUCUUACCAGGUGCCGCUGACGGACGGCAUGAAAAUGGAGAGCUGUAGUCCGCUGCGCAGCGGCCUGGCCUCGAUGAACAGCCAGGCCACGCAUCACCCCAUCCCGACCUAUCCGGCCUACUCUCUGCCGACACCACACGAGUACAGCGGCAGCCUCUUCCACCCCGGCAGCCUGCUCGGCGGGUCCAGCUUCACGCCCAAGUGCAAAAGCAAAGCCAGAUCGAGCUCAGAACUUUAUGCAGAGGGCCGGGAAUGUGUAAACUGCGGUGCCACCUCAACCCCUCUUUGGCGACGGGACGGUACCGGCCACUACCUGUGCAACGCCUGCGGACUGUAUCACAAGAUGAACGGCCAGAACCGACCCCUCAUCAAGCCCAAACGCAGACUGGUGAGUUCUCACUCUGUCUUUCUACUAUGAGAGCAGUCACCCAAAUA